AUGGAGGAAAAAACAGACGGUGGAUCGGCUGCAGUGACCAGUGAGGAGCUGGCUGCUGUUGAAGAUGAAGAGGUUCUCAACAAGAUGCUGGACGACGCAGCAGAUUUCGACCAGAGACGAAUGAUUCGUGCUGCAUUAAGAGACCUGCUGAAGAAAAAGAGAGAUAAACGGGAGCAGGAGAGGGGGUCGAGGCAGCAGGACCUGAGGCAGCAGGGCCUCGGCAAAGGAGCGAAGACAGGCUCAGCAGUUAGCACAGGCAGAGCGUCCAUGAACCAGCAGCCGUCAACAAACAAACCGACAGGUCAGUCCUCUCCAUCAGCCUCCGCUCCCUUCAACAGGACAGGAGGCAGCACGACCAGUCCUGCUGCAGCUCCGGUCCAGACAUGUCCUGCUGCUGCUGCAGUACCCAACGCUAAAAAUGUCAAACAGAUGCUUCUGGAUUGGUGCAGGGCCAAAACAGAGCCAUAUGAGGGGGUGAAAAUCCAAAACUUCUCCUCAAGCUGGAAAGACGGUAUCGCCUUUUGCGCCUUAGUGCACCGAUUCUUCCCCGAUGCGUUUGAGUACUCCAUCCUCAACCCCAACAAGCCCAGGGAAAACUUCCAGCUGGCUUUCAACACUGCAGAGAGGCUCGCAGGCUGCCCCCCCCUGCUGGACCCUGAGGAUUUAGUCCGGAUGAAAGAGCCCGACUGGAAGUGUGUGUACACGUACAUCCAGGAGUUUUACCGCUGCCUGGUGGAGAAAGGCCUGGUGAAGACCAAAAAGCGGCCGUAG